AUGUUGUCAUCCAACCAUACCAACAACAACAGCCAGGACCGAAUGGUCGACGAAGAUCACCAGGAAGUCGAUGAAAAGCUCUACAGCAGACAAUUAUACGUGUUGGGAGUUGAUGCCAUGAAGAGAAUGCAACAAUCAAAUGUCUUGAUUUGUGGAUUGGGAGGUCUAGGUGUCGAAGUAGCCAAGAAUGUAAUUCUUACAGGAGUGAAGAGUGUUACCCUCUAUGAUCCAAAGAAUGUAACCUUUGAUGAUCUUUCUGCACAAUUCUAUGCCUCUGAGAAGGAUAUUGGUCAAAACAGGGCCGAAGUUUCUCUUCAACAACUCAAAGAGUUGAAUCAAUACGUUCCCGUUAAGAUUCAUAAAGGAGAUUUGACCGAAGACUUUAUUACUCAAUUCGCCGUGGUUGUAUUCACCGAUACACACAUUCCUCAACUGGUAGAAAUGAAUGAAAUUUGUCAUAAGCAUAACGUACGAUUUAUUGCCUGCGAGAGUAGAGGCUUGAUGGGAUCCUUGUUCUGUGAUUUCGGAACCAACUUUACAGUCUAUGAUCCCGAUGGUGAGAACGUGGUUUCAAAUAUUGUUACCGACAUUACAAAUGGAUAUCCAGCAACAGUAACAGUCUAUGAUGAUAAACCCACUCAUGGUCUCUAUGAUGAUGAGUACGUCCAAUUUGAAGGAAUUGAAGGUAUGGACGAAAUCAACAAAGUGUCAGAGCCCAUCAAGAUUAAAGUAUCUGGAAAGCACACUUUCAAGAUUGAUUUGGAUACUAGAAAUUUCGGAGAAUACAAGUCUGGCUCUGGUGGUUAUGUGAAACAAGUCAAGGUUCCAACAUCACACUCCUAUCAACCACUCAAAGAUCAACUUGCCAAUCCAACUUGCAUUGACUUUGAUUUUGCUAAAUUUUCACGACCACAACAAAUUCAUCUUGCCAUGCUCGCCUUGAGCGAAUAUGAAAAGAGAAAUCAGAGCCUUCCAAAGCCUUACAACAAGGCAGAUGCUGAGAGAUUACUUGAAAUUGCUAAAGAAAUCGCUCCAGACGCACUUAAGGAACACUUGGACGAAAAAAUCGUCAAGCUUUUGGCUUACACUUGUAGAGGUAAUUUGAAUCCAAUGGCCGCCUUUUUGGGUGGUAUUGUAGCCCAAGAAACUCAAAAAGCUUGCAGUGGUAAAUUCUCUCCUCUGAAUCAAUAUUUCCAUUUUGAUGCCUUGGAGUGUUUACCUGAAGAUGAAAGCUCGUAUCCAACUGAGGAAGAUUGCCAACCAACUUCUACAAGAUACGACGGUCAAAUCUCUGUCUUUGGUAAGGCAUUCCAACACAAAUUGGCCGAUGUCAAGGAAUUUGUUGUUGGUGCAGGUGCUCUUGGAUGUGAAUUCUUGAAAAAUUAUGCCAUGAUGGGUGUUGGUUGUGGACCAAACGGAAAAGUUUUUGUCACAGAUAUGGACAGCAUUGAAGUUUCUAACUUGAACAGACAAUUUUUGUUUAGAAGAAGACACGUGGGUCAACAAAAAUCAACAACAGCUGCUGAAGCUGUGAAAGCAAUGAAUCCUGAAUUUCAUGUCAUUGCUCUCCAAGACAAAGUAGCACCAGAAACUGAACAAACUUUCGAUGACGAUUUCUGGGAACAAUUGUCCGGAGUUACCAAUGCUUUGGACAAUGUUCAAGCUAGAUUGUAUGUUGACACACGAUGUGUAUACUAUGGCAAACCGCUUUUGGAAUCAGGAACCCUUGGUACCAAAGGUAAUACUCAAGUCGUGGUUCCAAAAUUAACUGAAUCUUAUGGUACCACAAGAGAUCCACCAGAAAAAGAAAUUCCAAUUUGUACUCUGAAGAACUUCCCUAAUGCCAUUGAACACACCAUUCAAUGGGCAAGAGAUUCAUUUGAAGGAUUCUUCAACAAGGUGCCAAAUGAUGUCAAUACUUACUUGUCCAAGACAGAUUACAUCAAGGAAUUGGACAGUCUUGCAUCGAAGAAGGCUGUGUUAGAGAGCGUUUACGAAUCCCUCGUUAGUAACAAGCCCUUGUCCUUUGAAGACUGUAUUUCAUGGGCUAGACUCAAGUUUGAACAAUUAUUUAGAAACAACAUUAUGCAACUCUUGUACAAUUUCCCACUCGACAUGGUGACAUCAACAGGAACUCCAUUCUGGGGCGGAGCAAAGCGUCCUCCAGUUCCUUUGAGCUUUGAUCCAAACGAUCCACUUCAUUUGGACUUUGUUGUAUCUGCUGCAAACUUGAGAGCUUUUGUUUAUGGCUUGAAGGGUGGUUCUAAAGACGAAUAUGACUUUAAGGCUAUAGUUUCAAAGAUAAAAGUCCCUCCUUUCCAACCAAAGAGCGGUGUUAAAAUCCAAAGCGACGAAAAGGAAAAUAAGGAACCAGAACAAGAGUUUUCAGAUUCUGAUGAACAGGAAAUGCAACAACUGCAAUCACAAAUUCCAAAACCAAACGACAUGGCAGGAUUCCGUUUGAAUGUUGCUGAGUUUGAGAAGGAUGACGACACUAAUUAUCAUAUUGAUUUCAUCACUGCAGCAAGUAAUUUACGUGCUAGAAAUUACAAGAUUCCUGAAGUGGAUAGACACAAGACCAAGGGUAUUGCAGGUAAAAUUAUUCCUGCCAUGGUCACUACCACAGCACUUAUUACGGGUCUUGUUGGAUUUGAAUUUUAUAAGUUAAUGCAAGGCUUUAACAAAAUUGCUGCUUUCAAGAAUGCCUUUGUCAACAUUGCUUUACCUUUUGUUACCUUCUCUGAACCUGGAGAACCACCAAAACAAAAGUAUUUGGAUGUCUCCUGGACUCUUUGGGAUAGAUUCGAAGUUGAUGAAGGAAGAGACAUCACAUUGAAGGAAUUUAUGGACAUCUUUAAGGAAAGAUUUAAGCUCGAAAUUACUAUGAUGUCAGCAGGAAAGUCCAUGAUUUACUCAUUCUUUGGAAAUAAGAAAGCCAUUGAAGAAAAGAUGAAGACUCCUCUCGGACAAUUGGUCGAAACAGUUUCACAAACUCAAUUCUUGCCAAAACAAAAGUAUGUCAACUUUGAAAUUUGUUGCCAAGAUUUGGAAAAUGGUGACGACCAAGAAGUUCCUUAUGUUCGAUACAAAUUCAGAGGUUGGUAA